ACACACACACACACACACACACAGUUUUAAAAGUUUAAAGGAUGAUGUAUGUAUAAUUAAAGGGACUCCUGGCCCCUACUUUCCCAUCUAACAGUAGUUUAGGGACUGUGAUUGGGUCUUGGUGGGGAUGGGACAGUGGACUUCUGUCUUCCCAAAGUUGGAGACCAAAGCAGCUGGAAUUUUUGAUGUACUGGUGGUAACCAAAACUAGAGGAAACCGAGAUUGGAGAGGACAAGAAACCCGACUGGAGUAUUGAGGGACAGGGGAAUGAAAAUACAGACUCACUUUACAUUUGAUAAAAUGGACUCUUGAGAAUGUUAACAGCGAAUAUUCACUGUUGCACUGUACGAAGUCUUUUAACUGUAAUUAAAAGUUUUUAUUGAGCCUGGAGCUUUGGCUUGCGCAUUCUCGCUCAGGUUGCUGAGAAACUACGCCGGCGCAUUACGUCACUAGCCUCAUCUUCCCACCACCCGCCCCCCUCCGGCUUGGUGAUAGACAUUCCGCCAGCUCCAAUCGGAGGCGCCCAUGCGGGGACAGCCAAUCGGGGGCUUGAGCGGGCGGGGCGGCCGGGCCAGUUAGAUUUGGCGGUUCGAUUUCAACAUGGCCGAAGCUUGCAGCGCCAAUUUAGGCAGUGGCAGUGAGAAAAGAAGGCCUGAGGGGUCGUCCCCGGAAUCUGUGACUACCGGUACUAGCAUUUCGAGGGUGAAGCUCCUUGACACCAUGGUAGACACAUUUCUCCAGAAGCUGGUCGCCGCCGGGAGCUCUCCACUCCUUUAUCAGGGCAAAAGUGCCGGUCCCCGCCCGCCCUCUGGUGGACAACCUGUGAAACACGUGUUCAGUUGGACAGCCUGUGGGAUUCCACGGGGCCGGCCCGAAGAAAUCUCCGAAAUCAAAGAGGAGGGGAACCUAGAAGCUGUCUUGAAUACCUUGGAUAAAAUUGUGGAAGAAGGCAAAGACCGCAAGGAACCAGCCUGGCGCCCUAGUGGGAUCCCAGAGGAAGACCUUUGCAGGGCCAUGGCACCCUACUUCCUACAGCAACGGGACACCCUGCAGCACCGUGUGCAGAAACAGGAGGCUGAAAACCGGCAGCUGGCUGAUGCUGUCCUGGCCGGACGCAGGCAGGUAGAGAAGCUUCAGCUGCAGGUCCAGGCCCAACAGCAGGCCUGGCAGGCUCUACACAGAGAACAGAGGGAGCUGAUGGCUGUGCUGAGGGAGCCUGAAUGAAGAGGAAGUGGCCAGGACCAGAAGCAGAGGGCAGUUGAGGUGGAGGGCCCAUGGUCCAGCAUGCUGGGCCUGGGUGAGCUGCCCCUGAGAACAGCUGAAAUGGUGCCCAGUCCCUAAGCAGUGAUGGAAGUCGCUGGAGAACCAGGCCAGAUCAAGCCCCACUGCCCCGCCACUGUGUCUUUGGGGCUCCCUUGGGGUUGGUCACCACAUACACUACCUUCAGAUUCCUCCCUGUUUUCUUCUAACUGGAGGAUUCGUGGCCAGCUCCCACUCUGGGAAUCAGGUACCGUGUUUUCUCUCUAGGCUCAGGCCAACACCACCCAAUCCCCCCGCCUGCUGUUUCUGAGCCCUCUCUAGAACCUGGCUUGGGGAAUCUGUUUUUAAUCUCCACUGAUUGCCCCCUUGCUGGCCAGCCAAGGGCCCUCACCAUGUUCUCCCCACAUCCAUAAAUAAACUUCCUCCACUACACUGUAA